AUGUUCGACCCCACUCGCUUUCCCUCCCUCGGGACGCGCAAGGCGCUCCUUGCAAUCGAUCUCCAGAACGACUUCCUCUCACCCGACGGGGCGCUUCCUGUGACAGAGCCGGAGGGGUUCGUCAAGAGAAUCGUCGACCUGGCGAGUGCCUUCCGACAGUCUGGCGCAGGAGACGUAAUAUGGGUACGCAGCGAGUACGAGAGGCCGAGGCCGGCGAAUGAUGAUCAGAUUGUCGUCACCGACGGCCCUCCGCUGUCCAUUCGACCUGGAGCACAGCCGCGGGGACGGAGGAGAACGUCUAGGGAACCGUCCGAACCACCAGAGAACGACCCGGAGGCUUUCUUGAGCAGACCGCCCCAGGGAGAGGGAAGAGCCUGCGUGCAGCCGGGCUCAGCAGGAGUCGAGGCAUUCGCUGAUAUUGCAGCAGCAAUAGAGCCCAAGGACUACCGCCUAACAAAGACGCACUACUCUGCCUUUCAGACAGGGCAGCUACUACAACUUCUACGCGGACGGUUCGCAACGGAGAUUUACAUCUGUGGAGCGCUCACCAACACGAGCGUGUAUGCCACGGCUUUGGCUGCUGGCAGCUAUGGAUAUGACAUUAAGAUCGUGGAUGACUGCUGCGGAUAUCGCAGCAUAAUACGGCAUGCGAAGGCCACGCGACAACUGAUCCAGCUCACGGGCUGUGAGUUACUGUACGCCGAAGACGUCAUCCAGUCUCUGCUACCCAGCAGCUCUUCGAAACCCGAAGCGAAGCUAGAACCUGCUAUCUCCAGCCCGUCCAGCCCGUCCCGAGUCGCGAGCAGCAGUCGAGGCAGGGGAGGCAAGAGCCCAAUUGCGGCUCGCACUAUCAUACCCGUACGUUCCAGACUCUCAUCUCCACGCAGCAAAGCGGGCAGCAGCGCACCCCCCACUGCUGCAGCAGAUGCGCCGCCGCCGCCGCCGCCGCCGCCCGCGGCAAGCGCGGAUGCGGGCGCAGAGCAGUUGCUGCCCGCGUCAAUGGAGAAGCUGAAGCUAAGCGGCGAGUCGUCGUCUUCUACAGGGACUGUCGUCGCGCCUGACCCCAAGUCCCAAGAUCCUCAACCGCAGGCUGCAGUCGAGCCGCUUCAGCCCGUGGUGAGCGAUGACGAUGCUCGGGCCACCCUGCAGGUGGACGACGCGCCCAAGCCCGCAAGUGCGCAUAUGCGCCAUGAUCCAGUCAUCGAGCCAGCCAACCCCCUCGAUGCCGAUUCCGACUCUGGAUCGCCCAUUGACAGUGAGUCAUUCGAGGCUCAGAUCAGAGCGAGAGUCGCUGCUAGAAGACAAUCGAGAGGUGUCGAAAGGGCCGACCAAAGGAUAAAAGACUCGCCGCCGCAAGAAUGGCGAUCGCCUGCUUCGAGCUUCAAGAGAACCCGAAUCAGUGCAGAAUUUGCCAAGGAAAAGGUCCAGGAAGCAAUUGCCAGCAAGGACACGAUCGAGACCGAGUCCAAAGAGUCCAAACCAGCGGACAAGCCCCAGCAUAGUCCACCGGAAAGCGAGAAUACAAAGCCCCCGACUGCUAAAGGUAGCUCAAGUGACGACAGCUCAGCUGAAGAGGCAGACGCAGCAACGGAAGAGUCUCAAGACAUGGACAAACCCAUCGUUUCCGAACCUAUCUGUGAAGGCGACACCACUGUCAUUCAGAACGUAUUGCCACCAAUCCUGAAGAAGAAUAUCUUCGAGCGUGUAUGUGGGGAAGUGCAAUGGCAGCGUAUGAUGCAUCAAGGCGGAGAGGUCCCGCGCCUGGUCGCUGUGCAAGGCGAGGUUGAUUCAGAAGGUAAUCAACCAGUAUAUCGCCAUCCCUCUGACGAGGCACCGGUACUGGUGCCCUUCAGUCCGACAGUGUUACAGAUUAAGGAGCAUGUUGAGAAGCAUUUAGGGCAUCCUGUCAAUCAUGUGCUCAUCCAAUUCUAUCGUGGCGGCAAUGACUAUAUCAGCGAGCACAGCGACAAGACAAUUGACGUCGUGCCAGACUCCUUCAUUGCUAAUGUCAGUCUCGGCGCUGAGAGGACCAUGGUCUUCCGCACUAAGAGGGCUGAUAGGGACCCCUCAAAGAGGAAGACCGAGUCGGUGAAAGCUGUUGACUCUGUAGCGCUUGAGCAAGGAGUAACCACUUCACCCGACUCUGCGGAUAAGACUGUCGAGGAGCCGAGGAAAGAUAGCUCAACCUCCCCACAAUCAAAGACAAGCGCUCCGGUCGAAGGCCAAAGACGACAAGUCGAGCGCGCACACCUUCCACAUAACUCCCUGUGCCGCAUGGGUUUACGUACCAACGAGAAAUGGCUACACGCCAUCCGCCAGGACAAGCGUCUGGACAGGGAGAAGACCGAGGCCGAACUCGCAUACGAAGGCGGCCGCAUCAGCCUGACCUUCCGCCGCAUCGGCACGUUCCUCAACCGCGACAGCACGCUCAUCUGGGGCCAGGGCGCCACGGGCAAGACCAAAGCUGCGGCCCACGCCGUCGUCAACGGCCAGACGCCCGAGGCCGUGCGCAUGCUGCAGGCCUUUGGGCGCGAGAACCAGAGCAGCGCGUUCGACUGGAAAGCUAGUUAUGGCGCUGGCUUCGACGUGCUGCAUCUGAGCGCCUCGCCGCGGUUUUUCGCCAGCGGAGACGACAUCGUAGACACGCGCGUCACGCUCAUGCUCGCGGCGUAUGAUAUCAAGUACGCCAAAGGCAGCGUUAGCCCGGGCUUCAGCCUCAAGGACAGCGCUGAAGUGCCCGAUGACCUCCCUGUGAAAUUUGUUGAUAACGAUGCCGGCAAGUCGACUGUGACUGGCGACGUGGCCAUCAUGCUAUAUCUAGCAUCAACAUACGGCGGCGAGAAAGAGACGAACCGGAGCGGACCGGCGCUCGCGAGGCUCUACUCGCGUUUCCAAGCCGCGCUCGGCCUGGAGGCUAAAUGGCGCGCUCUGCUGCGCAGCCAGGCCAGGGGUGCUGCGGCGAGCAAGGAUUCAGCCAAGGGCCAGCACGCAUCCACUCUGCUCAAGUCCCUCCGCCGCGAAUUGACUACCUUUGCGUCGUGGGCGGAUGAAGCGGGCGCCCACCGGGGCAGCAUUGCGGGCGAGGGCGACGAUCCAGCCACCGUCGCUGACUACGCGCUGUGGCCAGUCCUACACGACAUGGCGCGCGUGUGCAGGGACGACGGCGAGGCUCUGAGCUCUGUCCUGCGCAAGAUCGGUCUCGAUGGGCUGCAGGGUUGGUACACGAGCUUUGCAUCGCGGGAGAGUGUCAAGGCUGUCAUGGGAGACGCGCAACCUGAAAUACCAGCUGAGGAGACGCCGAAGAAGCCAAACCCUACAAAACCAGUGGAGGAGCAGAAGAAGGAGAAGGAAGAAGAAAUACCUACAAAGGACAAAGGAAAGGGGAAGAUAGAGAGCGAAGAAGAAGAAGAUGAAGCUGAAAGUGAAGAGACGGAGAAGUCAGACGCAGAUAACUCAACCAAGGAUAAGGAAGGGGCCAAGGAAAAGAUAGAAGGUAAAGGGAAGGGCAAGGAUCCGGCGACGACAUGA